AUGGCGGGGCAGCUCCCGCCUCAGACAAACUCCCCUCAGGAAUUGCCUGGGGGGAAGGAGAAGAGGGCUUUGUCAGAGGCACUGCUCCAAACUCAGGGAGAGCUCAGCCAAGCCCGGCAGCAGGUCCAGCAGCUCAGGCAGGAGGUGAAGGAGCAGCAAGAGAAGGGGCAGACCAUCAAGGCAGAGCUGCAAGGUGAGCUACAGGAAGCUUGGAGUGAAAUCCAGGCAGCACAGAGGAGGCACAAGGAAGAACAAGAAGGCAUCAAAGAGGAAAUGAAUCUCCUCCUUGAGCAGAGGGAGGCUCUACAAAAGCAGGUGGGAGAGUUGACAUCUCAGCUGGCAGCCUCCCGAGAGUCCCAGGAAAGAACUGUCCAGAGAGCCCAGCAAGAAGUGAAUGAGGCCCAGGAAGAGUCAAGGCAGAAGCUGUUGGAGGUUGAGCAUGUCCAGAAGAUGCUGGAGGAGGCAGAACAUCAGAACAAGGAGCUGCAAGUGCACCUGCAGAACUUGGAGAGGGAAAGGAGUCAUUGGGAAGAAGCAGCACAGCAAAAUUCAGAGCUGCAGGCUUCCGUGAAUGCCGUAGAGAGUGAAAAAGCCAGGCUGAUUCUGUCUCUGGAGGAAAAGGACCUUUGCCUCAGAACGCUGGAAGAAGAGAACCUGGCACUCAACAGUCGGAUGUCUCAGCUUCGUUCUACUCUUCAGCAGGCCCAACAGAUCUCUUCAACUCGUGCAGGACAACUGCAGGAGCUCAACACCCAGAUCUGGGCCCAGCUGGACGCUGUGAUGCAGAAGGCAGCUCGUGAGGCAGCUGAAGAGAAGCAGGUGCUGGAAACUGAGGUGUCUGAGCUGCGUGUGAGGCUCCAGAGCUCUGAAGAAAGAGCAGAGGCCGUGGCCAUACAGUGUAAGGCAGCAGAGCUGGAGCUGAAGAAGACAAAAGCUCAGAGAGACCGACUAAAAGCCAAAAAUAAGGAGCUGCUGAAACAGUUGGAGGAAAUGGAGCAAGUGAUGCACAGAGCAGAACACGAGAAAACCACUCGAGAACUUGCCCUGGAGCAAGAGGUUGUGACCCUUCAUCAGAAGAUGGCAUCUCUGCAGAGGAAACUGGGGAGCCUGGAGAGGAAAAGGAAGGAUAUGCAGCAUGAAUGGGAAUUGUACCAGCAGCAGAUGAGACAUCUGGAAAAGAAGGAUGAAAUGCAUGCGCCCCACAUUCCUAGUUGGAAUGAAAUAAGCCAGCCAAUGGCUGGAAUGGAGAGGGAAGGCAUGCAGGAAGACUUGGAGCAUGGGGCUGCUGCCACUUUGAAACAGAGAGGAAGAGGAGAACUCGAAGGGAGAGAGAACGCUCAAGUCCUGAGUGCUGCUCUGUGUAAGAGUGAAAUGGCCAAAGGGACUUUGAGGAAAGAUUCAGCAAUCCUGCAGGGAAGGGAUCCUGGCACAGGCAUGGGCCAGUCUCAUCUCCAGGUUUCCCAGGAGCAAGAGUCAUUGAGCAGGGCUCUGGAGCAGCUGCACCAGGAAUGCUCUGGCCAAGGGCACGCACUGGCCCAGGUGUGCAGAGAGAAGGAGCUGCUGGGCCAGGAGAAGGCUGCCCUUGAGGGCCGACUGGCAGCCAUGGAGCAGCAGCAACAUGACCUUUCCAAGCAGCUGGCAGAGAGCAGGUAA